CCAAUACCCCUGAUCAGUUACAGUUGGAAGUUUGCAGUGCUCUAACACAGGUGACACACAUCCAAAAUGGUUCAAGGAAUGCAUCAUCUCUUUAUCUUAGUUUAUCUGCUGACCAUCGCGUGCAGUGCCACUCUCGAGCAGCCGAUCGAACAGCAGACACAGUUGGCCGAGACAGAAAAGGACCCAAUACCACCGAUCUACAACACACCGCCCCAACCACCGGUCAAGAUACUGCGCGAAACCAGCCCCAUCACGCAGCGGGAAAGCAUGCCAAUGUCCGACGAAGAUUUGCAGCAGUCAGCCGCAUACACGUACAGCUACUAUCGGCCGGUGUACCACCCGGGCGUAUACUACUCCUACUACCCACGGUAUCGUUGGUACAGACCGUACUACUACUACUACAACUGGUGGUAUUAUUGAUUUGCGGAAAUGGUUUUCGUUUCGAAUGGAUUUUAGGCAGUUGAAAUGUUAUUAAACGAAACAAACCACCAAAACACAAAUGCGUCAUUAAGAGCGUGUAUUGCACAGUAUGUGUUUAUAGAGCAAAAAAUAAGUUAGAUUACCCUCCCCUUUUUAUUGGAGACACGGAACUGUUGCAGAACAAAUCAAGCAAGCGAACGAGCGAAGCCAAUCGUUUUUGGAACGAGCAAAAAGCUUGUAGCCAUCUAAUGGCAAUGAUUACUUCGAUUUCGUUCUUUCUAAAUUAUUUCUCCUUCUGUAUGGAUUGAAGAUCACCUUUCGUAGAUCGUGUAGGUUCACCGGCAGUUGUCAAUAAAACCACGUGUGCAUCGAUCCCCCAUAAAAAAAACCAACAGAAAAUAAACACGUGCCACGCGGGUGUGCCAUUGGGAGUAAAUCAUGCGGUAGCACCGUUAGCAGAGACGCUAGCGGAACCACUGGACCGUGUAGAUCUAUUAGGGUGCGUUACUAAUAAAUAGUCACUGAUGCAA